AUGGAGCCAACAACAAUCAGGGGGCUCUGCCUCUCAGGCAUAACAUUGAUGCCAUUCAUUUUGUGCAAGAUCAAGAUGAACCUUUCAGGAUAUGCAAUGGGCAAUGAGCUCCUGGAAGUGAAUUUUGUUGAUCAGCAUUGGGAAUAUGCUGUCCCUGUGCUUCUUCUGGAGAGUUUCAUAAAUGGGAAGUCGAAAACAUUUUCGUGGAGACAUCUUGAAAAAACUUGGUUCAGUUCUCCAGUUUCAGAUUGCCA